AGAAAUUGACAAGUGAAUAAAAACAGUUCAGUACGACAAAUUAAAGGAUAAAUACAACAAACAUUAAUUUUAAGUAUCAUUUCAAUUGUAAUAAAGGCUUAAUGAAGCCUAUAAUAUAUAUAUGUAGAAAAAAUUACUACAAUAGACACACAUCACAUCGCUUUGUUUUAAAAGUAGGGUUAUGGUGUGACUCAAGGUGAAUUUUAUAAAAAAAAACAAGAUUUUGACGUCUGGUAUUAAAGUACCCCGCCUUAUAUGGGUUGAAAAGGUUGUACCAUAAGUUCCUGGAUCAGUGUGCAUUAAGAUUUCAUCAUGAGUGAUCGCGAGAAACCCAGUAGCUCUGAGUCACAAGAUGACAAAGAAAAGAAAAUUAUCAGAGUUCCUUCGCUACCAAUCUCAACUGGAUCAAGUAGUAGCCGCAGCUACUUUACAAACGAGCCACUUCAGUUCAGAGUAAAAGGCUCAACAAUCACAGGUGCCUCGCCCCCCAAUUUCGUCACUCUGGAAGAUAUUAUGAAAGCAGCUCAUGGGAUGCAGAACAUGGCUUUAGCUCAUGAAAUUGCUGUUGAUCAGGACUUCAUGUUAGAGCCGUUUGAACCUCCAGAUAAUAGUUAUCAAAAGUUGGUUAAAGAAACUAUGCACAAAGCAUACUUUGAUAUUUUGCGUGAACAAUUAAACUCCGAUCCACCUGAACAUAAACAGGCCCUUGUGUUGCUUGAAGAUGUGAAGCAGGGUCUCUUCUCCAUUUUACUUCCUCGUCACACUCGUAUAAAGGAAAUGAUUGAAGAAGUAUUAGAUACGGAGUUUAUUAAACAACAAGCUGAUAACAACAGCCUUGACUUUCAAAAGUAUGCUACCUUUGUGAUAGACUUGAUGGCCAAGCUUGCCGCUCCAGCCCGAGAUGAAAUGAUCCAAAAUAUAACUACAUUGACUAACACAGUGGACAUAUUCCGAGCAAUUCUUGAAACAUUGGAAGUGCUAAAGCUAGACCUUGCGAACACUCUAAUAGCAAUGAUACGACCACACGUGCAGCAGGAGAGCGUACAGUACGAGAGGGCGAAAUUCGAUGAAAUGUUAAAACUGGCAGAAGAUGGCUUGCAAUAUACGAAAGAAUGGCUGCUGCGGCACACCGACAAGUCUGGUCUGAGUUUGCCAGUCACUGACCCCAAUAUUAUAAGAAACGUCACAGCACAAACAUUAGCAAAAGCUUAUCUAGAACUCCUGGAAUGGGACGAAUCUCAAAACUAUCCCGAGACGGUGACGCUCGACAAGCCUCGAUUCACAGAACUCGGUACCCAAGUGUACCGACUCAUUUGUGUCGCGUCCUUAUUGCUGGUGAGCCCCUCGUGUGGUGGGGACUCCCAAGAGCAACACAAACAAAGCCUUAAGGAAAAGCUCUUCAUCAUUCUAGACACGACCAGCAAUGACAUUGAACUGAAAGCCGUGCUUCCAUCAAUUGCCGAAGAAGUAAUUCUGGUAACCGAACAACUCCUUGAAAAUCUCGGCCAGGAUCCGUUAACGAGUGAUAUGAAAGAACUUAUCAGGACUCAGAUUCUAUCGCUCAGAGAUCCCGAACACCGAGUGAGACAGAUUGUUCAUCAAAGAGUCAUGGAAUUCUUGAAGGUGAUACUGGUAUGCGCGGGUGGCUCUCGCCAGAUACCCGUGGGCCUGUCCGCCUUCACCAAGGAGCUGACUUCAGUCUCCGGUACUCUGCUUCGUUGCGUGAUGCACAAUAAAGCUGUCUUCACACAACAUUACCUCGAGAUUAUUGAGGAGGAGUUAAGUAAGACUUAGGAUUUUUAAUCUGUUUCUAAAUGUCACUGUCAACGUCGAGUUGACAAAUAUUUUAAUGAAGAAAAUAAUCGAUUACAAUUUUUAAUAUUUAUUUUAUUUCCACUCUCUAAGGUCGUAGUACUAAUUAGUUAUUACUAAUAUUGUAUUGUGUGGUCAGUUAACACACCCAAUAACUAUUUCAAUCUACUUAAAAAAAAAAAAAAUGUGGCCGUCACGCGACGACCGGUAAACGUGAAAUAUCGAAAUUGAUGUCUAUUUACAGAAUUUAUAAUGAAAGAAAAGAGAUUCGAUACUAAAAAAAAUAUAUUUUUCUUAUUAUUAAAAUAAAAAAUUAUAGUAACGAGGUAUAUUGUGUACGCACACAAGGGAGUAGGGGGUAGGUAGUGGGCGGAGAGGGCAUGAUGGGUCAUGCUGUUUUCAUACGAGUCGCUCCUACUCCCAAGUAGCGCUGUAACAAGUUCCCUAUAAAAAAAAAAUCUUAUUAAAAAUUGAAAGCUUUUAGUGUAAAAAUAUUGUUGUCACAAAAACUCGCUUUCAAAGUAAGCAAAGUUGUAUUAUCCUAUAGUACAGUAGGGUGAUUUUAGGUAAGAUCGAACCGAUUGAAAUUUCAUUCCGCAGGCAUUGCUAGCUAAUGAAACUGCUUCAAUUGACUGGAAAAUAACAUAUAUAUAUAUAUAUAUAGUAAGUGAUCAAAUCGGCCCGAAAUUUUGUCUCGCCGUCAUGGUCGAUCUUGCCCCAACUCACCCCAAUAAAAUCACAUAAAUGAUAUUAAAAUUACAGACUAACUCUAACUUUUAAAAGAUAUAUUGUAAACAGUAUGUUUUAUCAAAGCGAAACUCAAUCCGAUAUGAACUCCUUUGCAAAAAGAACGGGCACUUUUAAUUUAUUCAAGUAAUUUUAGUAUUAACAGUUGCAAAAGGGAUUAUAUGCAAUACAAUAAAUAUAGAAUAUAUAUAUAUAAUUUUAUUUACUGAUGUAAAAACAUUUUUGUUUGAUAAUUAAGUCGAUUUUCAUUUUUUUUUUAUUUGAAUUUUUAAGAAAUUAGUCAUUUUGACAAAAAAAAGCUUCAAUUGAAUUUCUCCUUCAUUUAUUAUAAGUUCCAAAAAAAAAAUUUGGAGUGUGGCCUCCUCUGGCUGAAAUAACUGCUACAAUUCGUCUUCGGAUGCUUUGGACGAGGUUGUUUGUGAGGUCUAGGGGAGUAUUCUGUGGGUACAGGGUCUCAAUGGGAUUAAUGUCGGGACUUCGUGCUGGCGAAUCAAAACAGCGGAUCCCGACUUCUAAAAAGUAAGAGUCUACGUCGCCCGUCCAAAGUACUCGAGCAGUCUCGUCCAUUAACACGCAGCACUUCCUGUAACAGCUAACCCUGAUUGUGCAUGAGGAAUUAGGAGUUCCGUGAUGUGGCGUUGUGCAUUUAGAUAGCCAUUCUACGAAAACUAACUUAGUACGAUCUUCAGAAGUUAUGCCAGCCCAAAACAUGGCAGAGCGUCCACCGUACGACUUAAUUUCUUUGAAACGUACCUCUACAUAACACUCUCCUGGUCUUCUUAGCACUUUAC